CUUGUAGUUCCCAGUGACCUGACUGCGGAGGAGCGCCAGGAGCUGGAGAACAUUCGGCGGAGGAAGCAGGAGCUGCUGGCCGACAUCCAGAGGCUGAAGGAUGAGAUAGCGGAGGUAGCUAAUGAAAUUGAAAACCUGGGGUCCACAGAAGAGAGGAAAAACAUGCAGAGGAACAAACAGGUAGCCAUGGGCAGGAAAAAAUUCAACAUGGAUCCUAAAAAAGGGAUCCAAUUCUUAAUAGAGAAUGAUCUGCUGAAGAACACCUGUGAAGACAUCGCCCAGUUCUUGUAUAAAGGUGAAGGGCUCAACAAAACAGCCAUCGGUGACUACCUGGGGGAGAGAGAUGAGUUUAACAUCCAGGUUCUUCAUGCGUUUGUGGAGCUACAUGAGUUCACCGAUCUCAACCUCGUCCAGGCCUUACGGCAGUUCCUGUGGAGCUUCCGGCUGCCGGGAGAGGCCCAGAAGAUUGACCGGAUGAUGGAGGCAUUUGCCCAGCGCUACUGUCAGUGCAACCACGGGGUGUUCCAGUCCACAGACACUUGUUAUGUCCUCUCAUUUGCCAUCAUCAUGUUGAACACCAGCCUCCAUAACCCCAAUGUCAAAGACAAGCCCACCGUGGAGAGGUUCAUCGCCAUGAAUCGAGGCAUCAACGACGGGGGAGACCUGCCCGAGGAGCUGCUCCGGAAUCUGUAUGAGAGCAUAAAAAACGAACCCUUUAAAAUCCCAGAAGAUGAUGGGAAUGACCUUACUCACACUUUCUUCAACCCAGACCGAGAAGGCUGGCUAUUGAAGCUCGGUGGCAGGGUAAAGACUUGGAAAAGACGCUGGUUCAUUCUGACUGACAACUGCCUUUACUACUUUGAAUACACAACGGAUAAGGAGCCCCGUGGAAUUAUCCCAUUAGAGAACCUGAGUAUCCGGGAGGUGGAAGACUCCAAAAAGCCAAACUGCUUUGAGCUUUACAUCCCCGACAAUAAAGACCAAGUGAUUAAGGCCUGUAAGACGGAGGCUGACGGGCGAGUGGUGGAGGGGAACCACACGGUGUACCGCAUCUCAGCCCCAACCCCUGAGGAGAAGGAAGACUGGAUCAAGUGCAUCAAGGCGGCCAUCAGCAGGGACCCUUUCUACGAGAUGCUAGCCGCGCGGAAGAAGAAGGUCUCUUCCACGAAAAGACAUUGA